UGCUCGAUUUAGAUUCGAGAUGUCUUGAGAAAUGUAGACAAAUGUUGAGCGUGUUCUAUUUGCUCAAACUUUGCUGCGAAUACCGCAGUGAUUGUUGAUGCUUAAUUUCUUAACCCCAUCCCUCCAUUAAAAAACGUCAAAAAAUUCAGAAAAAACUGGUCUGUGCAACUACAGCAAUUAGCUAUUCUUUUUCUGAGAUUAUUUUUUAUUUAAAUUGCACCUUCUUUUUUGUUUGCUCUUAUUAUAGAUUAUUUGGUUUGUUUUCCACACAAUACGCGCUGUUCUCCCUCUUACUUGGCCGCAAAGAGCAAUAGGAAGUUCCGAACAGUCAUCUACGGACUCCAUCAUGGCGUCAUCUUUCCUUUCGGCAGUAUUUAUUUGGUGCUCGGUUGUGUUUCUGGUUUUUGUUGACCCUGUGGGUUCGAGAGGGGUGCCCAAGAUGCAUCCGGAUAACCCGAACAUCAGACACGUGCCAAAGGGGCCACCUCCUCCACAUCCAGGUAGAUUAGACAAGAAUCCUCCUCCGAGAGAGAAGCAUCUAGAGCCCGAAUCAGGAGACACUCUUCCGGACUCUAUUGCCGAGCUGUCGUACGAGAAGUACCUGCGGGAGGUCACCCGAAUAUUGGAAUCGGACCCCGAGUUCAAGAAGCGUAUGCAAAAUGCGACGAGAGAGGAAGUCAUCACGGGAAAACUGGCCAGAGAUCUCCAGUUCACAUCACACCAUGUCAGAACUCAGUUAGACGAAGCUAAGAGGAGGGAAGUUGACCGGCUGAGGACUGACUUCAAAGAGAAGGCGAGACUACACAACAAUGACAGAUCAGUGCACGAGGACUAUGUCAAGAGUAUGACUGCACAUAUGAACAGACCGAAGGACCCCAAGGAAUUCGACAAGUUUUCGGAAGACGACCUCCAGCAGCUAAUUCAUACGGCCACCAGGGACUUAGAUGAGAUAGACAAGAAGCGUGAGGAGGAGUAUAAAAAGCAUGAGAUGAGGAGAGAAAUUGAACACAGGAAGGCUAUGGAACAUCUGACACCUGAAGAGAGGGCUCAGAAGGAGAGGGAAUGGCAGGCACAGAGGAACAAACUUAAAGAACACCCGAGGAUGCACGAGCCGGGCCAUAAGGAGAAUCUGAAGGAGGUGUGGGAUGAAGUGGACCACAUGGAGGGCCAGAAGUUCAACCCCAAGACCUUCUUCCACAUGCACGACACCAACUCUGACGGCCGAUUAGAUGAGUUUGAGCUGGAGGCGCUGUUCGUGAAAGAAGUUGAGAAGAUGUAUGCGGAGGCCGAGAAGAAUGGGCAGUACGAGGACAAAGAGGAACUGGCGAGAGUGAAGGAGGAGGAGAUGGCGAGGAUGAGACAACAUGCCAUGCAUCAGGUCGACACUAACAAGGACCGCACCAUCACCUGGGAAGAGUUCGACAAGUUCACCAACUCGGCCGAAUUCGAAACCGACGAUGAAUGGAAGGGUGUGAGCGAAACAGAACAAUUCAAAGAGGACGAGCUUAAAAAAUACGAACAGGAGUUGGAAUCCGAAAUGAAACAUCUGAUGGAGCGGAAAGAGAAACUGAAAAAGUAUAAGGAAAAGAUGGGCAAGGAUAAACCACCCACGAAACAACCCCCCUCCAAGGACCGCCAUCGGGCUGGUAAUGUCCCCCCUCCUCCACCCGCAGCCCACCCGGCCGCAUACUAUGACGUAGACGGGGAGAAAGUGGCCAACUAUGACGCAAUGAUUGAUGACUACAGAGACUAUAGAGAUAUUCAAUUCGAGGAGCACUAAGUGCGCAGAUGAAAUUAGAUAGAUUGAAAAAGUGAAGUCGAAAAAAAGAGGAAGUUUUGUCGGCUGGAGUGCAGUUGAUGUCUGGUUAUAAUGAAUUAGGCUCGUAUCAAUCUUUCAAGUAAGCUAUUUUGAAAAAUUUCUG